AUGUUUUCUAAAGUAAAGAAAUAUUUUUAUAAAAAACCGACUGAGAUACCGAAUAUUGACCAAAUAUUUAAACCCCUCUACAUCGUGCUUUCAUUAUUCGGCCUAUUUCCAUACAGUAUUAGAUUUAAUAACAAACGAGGUGUAACAAUCAUCAAGAAUUCGAUUUACAUAAAUUCCCUGUGUGCUGUAUCCCACAUAUUGCUUCUGUUGUCUUUCUUAGUGCUGCACGUGCAAUAUGUGUACGACUGCAUCGGCGAUACAGUAAUGACCAGAGAACUGCUAACACAAAUGAACUAUAUUGUAGAACUCGUUAUUUUUAUUAUCUUUUGUCUGUCUGCUUACAUCUGUGCAUUCAAGAACCGCCUUAUGUUCGUGAAAAUAAUUAACAAAAUAGCAAACAACACAGAUCCAACAAAUGUGGAGAGAGCACUGAAGCAGUUUCGUAAUCAAAUGAAUUUUACAAUAUCUUUUCUUAUUGCAGUAUUUUUACUACAGAUACUUGUGAACUUUACCCGAGACGACUCAUUCUGGAAGAUGAUUUUGGUAUUCAUCACAUUCACAUUGCCGCAAAUGAUACAAUUUACCAUUCUGGCAUUUUAUCACAUGCUCAUAUUGAUGCUACUGGUACUACUAAAGAACAUACGUGUACACAUUACCAACUUAGCAAAAGAUAAAAUAAUUAUAAUGGAUUAUUUUUUAAAGACGGAAUCCAAAGUGAUUACAUUGCAAAACUUGGAAUCUUUGUACCAAAAAGCUUUCGAAAUAAAGAAGGAUAUAAACGUGGCGUUUCAGGCGCCUUUGUUGAUCACAACAUUGCAAUGUUUCCACACUAUAGUGAGUGAGUCUCAUAUAAUUUACCAUGGUGUCGUCGUCGAGCGAGACUUCACCUUACACCCUAUUAUAAACUGCUCCAUUUGGAUAAUUUAUCAGAUACUUAAAGUUCAGGUUAUGGGAAGAACUGGGAGUUUAUUAAAGCAAGAGGUGCUGAAAAUAGGACAAGCAUUGCAUAAUAUUCCUACGGAAAAACACGACAUACGUUUGCUGUUAGAGGUACAACACUUUUCAUCGCUAAUUUUGCAUCAAAAUGACGAAAUCACAGCAUUUGGACUAGUAACACUGGAUGCGGCUUUGUUAUCUAAGAUAAUUGCGUCGUCAGCGAUGUAUUUAACUAUUUUGGUGCAGUUUGAUAGAAAGUGAACAAUUUAUCAAGAAACCGAUUUCUUUUUAUACCUAUGUACCUGCAUAUCCUCGGAAGAGCGCAGACUUUGAAGUUGAUCGUUUUUUAACCUCGAGACUACUGUUUUACUGUAAUUAAAAUGGCCAAUUCAUUUUGAAUUGUAUUUCCACAAAAAGAUAUAAAAUAUUACCUAAUUCUUGUCGUUA